AUGAAACAACCCAAGAUCCAGAUCCCCAGCUGCGGCAGACGGAAGAUCGUCACGCUCCCCAAUAAAUCACAUCACGUCAUUCAGGAGCCUGACAGGAAAAGGGAAGCAACCUUCAAUCAAAAGGUGUUCGAUUUAUCUCUUUCUUUGUCCCAAAGCCGCAUUAAUGAUGCGACAGAGUUGCGCUGCAUAGUCCUGGGUCUCGAUGGCUCUAUCAAGGAAUCUGAAACUCGAGGAACUAGGGAUGAUCUUGCUAAAGAAUGGGGAUUAGAUGGUCGCGAUCUGCGUAACGUGGAUCUUGUCUCGGAGGGGAUCCCUCAUCUGUUGGUCCGUCCGUCUGUCAUCUUUAUCAGCAUGUUCACUUUACGGCUCCUGGUCCGCGCACAUGGAGUCCUUCUUUUCCUUCUCCCACUUGAGGACUGCCACGUGAAGGUGCAGGAUGUUUUUAUGACAGACCUCCAGAGAAGGCUCCGACCUGGUCCGGGCUCUGGUAUCAUAGCGAAGCUCCCAUAUGAGCUACGUGUAGUGGAUGCCGCACUUGCUUCUGUGAUUGCCACUCUUGAAGCUGAACACAUUCUCAUCCGGCGAGAAGUCGAAGAUAGCUUGCGGGAUUCAACAAGAGAAGAUGUAGUUUACUCUGUUCUCCGUGGGUUACAGGAUCACCGGACAAGGCUCGUGGCUAUUCAGCAGCGUGCCCGUCAGUUCCGCUCGGCAUUACGAGAAAUUCUUGAAAAUGAUGACGAUAUGGCGACCAUGUUCUUGACAGAUCGACAGGCAGGUCAACCGCAUGCGGUAGAGGAUCACCGUGAAGUGGAAUAUCUUCUCGGGGCGUAUUACAAAAAUACAGACGCGAUCGCGGAGUCGGCAACUGCUCUACUGGGAGAUUUGGAGCGCACAACUGAAACCAUUCAGUCGAUCUUGGAUGUGCGACGAAAUCAGAUCCUGGUGUUCGAGGCUCAACUGGAGAUCUGUAUGUUGGGAUUCGCCGUUUCAACUUUUGUGGCUGGUCUGUUUGGAAUGAAUGUGGCGAACUUCUUUGAAGAGAGUACUUCGGCCUUUAUCAUCCUUGUUCUAGCGUGUGUGAUGGGAACGGUAACUAUCGCGAAGUAUGGCCUGUGGAAGCUUAACAAAUUCCGGAAAUUGCGAUUCUAG